AUGGGAAGAUUGCGUCAAAAAGGCAAAGCAGGAGCAGCAAAAGCGUAUGUUACUCGAACUGUAGCUAUAAAAAAGCUUCAAUGUUCACUGGCAGACUUUCGUCGACUAUGUAUCCUAAAAGGAAUCUUUCCCCGUGAGCCUCGUAGCCGCAAAAAAGCCAAUAAAGGAUCGUCUGCCCCUACCUCAUUUUAUUAUGCAAAGGAUAUCGCCUACCUUGCACACGAACCUGUUCUCAGAAAGUUACGAGAACACAAGGCAUUCGCGAAAAAACUUUCUCGAGCCAUCGGAAGGGGUGAAUGGAGCGAUGCAAAGAGUUUGGAAGAAAAUAAACCCGUGUAUAAAUUGGAUCAUAUAAUAAAAGAACGGUACCCCACCUUCAUCGACGCCGUCCGAGAUAUCGACGAUGCACUAUGCAUGAUAUUCCUUUUCGCCUCCCUUCCCUCGAACUCCCGCGUGCCCCCUUCAUUAGUCGAAAAUUGUACUCGUCUUGCGGCCGAAUGGCAACUAUACGUUAUGCAUACCCGUUCACUUCGAAAAGCCUUUUUAUCGAUCAAAGGGGUUUAUUACCAGGCAGAGAUAAUGGACCAACACGUUACAUGGCUUGUGCCAUACCAAUUCACUCAAAAUAUACCUGCAGACGUCGAUGUUCGUGUCAUGCUCACCUUCCUGGAGCUCUACCAAACCCUACUUGGAUUCAUUCUCUUCAAGCUCUAUACCGACAGAGGUCUGGUCUACCCACCCCCACUGGAUGCAAAGAAGGACGAAGGAGCUGCGGGCAUCGGAGCAUUUGUGAUUCAGGACACCACCCAAACAUCUACUAGGCCCAUAGUGAAAAACAAAAUUGUUGAGGUCGAUGGUCGCCUAGUAACGGGCAAGGAUGUACACCACACCAUCAAGAGUCUCGCUGCAAACACUAAUACUUCGACGGACGCGAGCGCGGAUGUGGACAGGACCGGACCCGAGACAACUCAAAAACAUGAAGAAGAGGAAUUUAUUGCGCAGCCUUCAAAGACUCAACAAGUCGCUUCGCUUCCAACAUUACAUUCAUUGGAGGCCUUACCAUCAUCCUCGAAUACUUCCCUUUUUUCUCCUUACGCGUUUUUCCUUUCGCGAGAAACAUCACGACCCAUAGUCGAAUUCCUCAUUCGAUCCUUUGGUGGUCGAAUCGGAUGGCCUGCCUCGUCGGGUUCUGGUUCUCCCUUCGACGAGUCUGACGAUUCAAUCACUCACGUUAUAAUCGACAGGCCUCUGUUUGAGCGCCCGGAUGAGACACCGGAGGAGCGAGAACGCAGGAGUCACCGCAAAUAUAUCCAACCGCAAUGGGUAGUUGAUUGCAUCAAUGCUGGGAAGAUCUUGUUGGAAGCUCCUUAUGCUCAGGGAGUCACCGAGCUUCCCCCUCAUCUCAGCCCAUUCGGUGAAUUUGACGGUGCCUAUGAUCCCCUGUCUACGGCAAAUGGUAACGGUGCGAUUGACGAAGCGGUCGGAUCAGAAAGUGACAUGAAUGAAGAUGAAGAGGAAGUAGAGGAUCAAGACACAGAAGCCAGUGGCGCACUGAAUGCGAUCUCGGUGGUCACGGACGAUCCUGCGUCACUCAGGGCCGCAGAGCUUGUUGCUGAGGCAUCGGGCAUGGAUUCCACUUCGUUCGAGAGGAAAGUCGCCAAAUCUCGACGCAAGUCGAAGAAGCAUGACGAUGCUGAAGAAAGGGAGAAGAACAUGAACAAAAUGAUGAUGAGCAACAAGAAACGCAAACUCUACGAGAAGAUGAAAUAUAGCCAAAGCAAACGUGCUGACGAGCGUGCCACACUCGAAGAGAAAAAGCGUGAGAUUCAAAAACAGAAAAGGAUGGCGGGUAAGUCAUAG